AUGUCCUUCUUUUUUCUUUCUUUGCUUGUGUUGAAGUUUGAGGAUGUCUUUCUUUUUCUUUUUUUUUCUUUCUUUCUUUCUUCCGGUCGUUUUAGGUUGACUUUCUUAAUUGACUCUUUCUUUCACUCUUAUUUGCUUCUUUUUUUUUUUUUUUUUUCUUUCGCGGCUGUUCCGGUCUUUCACGUUGAUUCCUUCAAUUUUUCUGUCUGUCUUUCUUUCUGUGUUGAUUCUUUCUUCCUUAUUGUCUUUCUUCCCUUCUUUCUUUCUGUAGUACAGUCUAUCUACGUUGACUCGUUCGUUAUUUCUAAAUUGACUCGUUCAUUCUUUCUUUCUUUCUUUCUUUCUUUCUUUCUUUCUGCAUUGACUCUUUCUUCUUUUCGUUCUAUUUUUCUUUCUACGUUGACGCUUUCUUUCUUUCUUUCUUUCUUUCGCAACCCUAUCCGACUUUAUACACUGACUCUUUCUCUCUCUUCCUUUCUAUAG